AUGGUGCAUCCUGUUCCUGACAGGGACAUCCCCCGUGAAGCCGCGCAAGUGACGCUGGGGUAUGCUGGUGCGUUCUUCUUCAACAUUGCCAUGCAAGUGUAUGGUAAAGUGACCGACCUCCGCCAAUUCCAAAUGGCCAAGGCUGCAGGCACGAUCAAAACUAAGUAUAAUCGGUAUGCAAGCGACGGGAUGCUAGCCGCGGACCGGUCGGUCGGCAACUUUGUCGAGUGGCAAGGCACGUUCUUGGCUUUGUUCUGGACGAAUGCCGUGGUUGCUGGUGGUAAAGAGCUCUGGCUUGGCUGGGUCUACGUGGUGGUUCGGAUGUUGUAUCCGAUCUUGGCCCAACGUGGUGCCCUCAAGAAGCACGGGGUAACGCCUCUCAUCUUUGUCGCCACUGUACCUGGUUACUACGUCCUUCUUCGGUACAUGUACUUGAUCUACCGCGGCCUCUCCACGGUGCCAAAGGCCAUCAAACCCGACAGCGGCGAUGUCGACGAAGAGCGCUAG